AAAAGAAAUAGAUAUUCACAUUUUACAUUUUAGCAGAGAAGAGAAAAAUGUCGUCUACUCCAAUGGAAAUGGAUGCGCAACUGCCCACCGCCACCGCCACCGCCACCGCCACCCCCAUCGCUGCUCCUCCUCCGUCGAAUUUAGCGAAAUUGGCGGAGUCACUCAAACUCGAACAUCAGUUCCUCCGCGUCCCCUUCGAGCACUACAAGAAGACGAUCCGCUACAACCACCGCACCAUCGAGAAAGAAGUCUCCGCCGUCAUUUCCGGUGUCCCCGCCGCCGCCUCUGACAUUUCCAGAGAAGAAGCCGUUCGACAACUCACUUCUCUCGUCUCCCGAUUGCAGGGUCUCAAACGAAAGUUGGAAGAGGGAAGUCAAACAGAGCAGUUACAAGCACAGAGAUGCCGGACCAGGCUGGAACAUUUAGAAUCUGCAGAAGUGGACAAUUUGCCCAAGUGGAACAGCAUCCGCUUGAAGCGUAUACUCGUUGAUUACAUGUUGAGAAUGUCAUAUUACGAUACUGCCGUAAAGCUUGCUGAGAGCAGCAAUAUUCAGGAUCUUGUCGAUAUAGAUGUGUUUCUUGAGGCGAAAAAGGUGAUUGAAGCGCUUGAACAGAAGGAGGUGGCCCCUGCUCUAGCUUGGUGUGCUGACAACAAAUCCAGGUUGAAGAAGACGAAGAGCAAAUUUGAGUUCCAGUUGAGACUGCAAGAAUUCAUCGAGUUAGUAAGGACUGAAAAUAGUAUGCAAGCUAUAUCAUAUGCUCGAAAGUACCUGGCACCUUGGGGAGCUACCCAUAUGAAAGAAUUGCAGCGUGUUAUGGCGACCCUUGCUUUCAGAAGUAACACUGAAUGUUCAACGUACAAGGUAUUGUUCGAAGAAAGGCAAUGGGAUUAUUUGGUCGACCAAUUUAAGCAAGAAUUCUACAAAUUGUAUGGCAUGACUCUUGAGCCUUUACUGCAUAUAUAUCUGCAAGCUGGCUUAUGUGCAUUGAAGACCCCAUACUGUUACAAAAAUGCUUGCACGAAUGAGGAUCCUCUAUCGCAAGAGGGCUUCCGUAAACUAGCAAUGCCACUUCCAUUCUCGAAGCAGCAUCACUCUAAACUUGUUUGCUACAUAAGCAAAGAGCUCAUGGAUUGUGAUAAUCCACCUCUCGUCUUGCCCAACGGCUAUGUUUACAGCACUAGGGCGCUUCAGGAAAUGGCAAAGCAAAACAACGGGAAGAUCAGUUGUCCGAGAACAGGAUUAGUUUGUGAGUACAAAGAUGUGGUGAAAGCAUUCAUCUCUUAGAUUGCGCUUAUGAUGGAUGAUGGAUGAUAUCUGUAUAUGAAACGCAAAACUGUUGUCUGUUUUUUCUUUCAACUGUUGUCAUUUCGAUAUGUGCGUAAAACUCUCUGCUGAGUUGCUAUGUGGCCUCGUCGUUAUUCAGACUCUUGUACAUAUAUGCUAAAACCAUUGUAGUAGAUUUGUUUUCUUUGCUUUUAAAUUUGGCUGAAUAAUAAAUAUGAGGAAGCUAACAAUUUUUAG